AUGUUCUUGCAAGCAAUGAAAUUCAAAGAGAAUAGGUAUGAUGCACAAUAAUAAAGAUUGGAGCCUAUUCAAUUAAAGUACAGUCCAAAGGAACCUCGAUAACAUACUCCAGAAGGUUUCACUAAGAUUGGUUUGUUCAACAGCACUUAAUUCUAAAGGAAAUAAUCAAUUGAAAAGCGUAAACUUAGCAGUUAAGCAGAAGGAAAAAGGCCUUAAUCUUCAGUGCAAAGAAUACCAAGAACUGCUUUUUUGAAAAAUACGUUUGCUACAUAAUAUGUUGUAAUGAUAAUUAUAAAAUCAGGUAGUUCUUUUGUGAGAAUGGAAAUAACGGUGCAUUGGUUAGGAGGAUCUUAUAAGGACGAGGUUGGUUUGCAGAAUAAUAGACAAGUUUUAAGUAAGUUAUGGAUAAUUAAUUGUAGUGUGAAUUUUAUAUGGAAACAAUCGAAUAAGGGAUUUAAUUACUCUAAUCUUUCAUAGAAGAAAGUUUGCAUAAAUCAUUUGGAACAUCACCAUGAAAUAUCAAACAAAAAUAAAUUACAUGACAAUCUAAAAAUGCAUUGUUAAAGAAUUAAUAAGAAUAUGGAUGAUUUUGUACCAAUAACAUUCUCAAUAAAUUUGGAUUCAAUGACACUUUAAUGGGAUCUAAAGAAAUUUGUGGAUUAUUUCAUUUAAAUAAAGAAAGAAGGCAAUUAAAAGAAUGUGUGGCUAUUGAAACCACCAGAUCUUAAUAGAGGAAGAGGGAUCUAAUUAUUCUCUGAUUUAAAGGUGUUUAUAAAUUAAGUAGAGGAAUUCUGUAAAAUUAGAAGUGCCAAUUAAAAAACUAAAAGUUCCUCAAAAGGAGCAAGAGGAGUUACAAUUACUUAUCCAGACUCUAAUGAAAGUAAACUAUAUAGUUCAUUUAGAAAGAAUCAGGUUAGGCUUAGAUAAGUUUUACAAUUGAUUAAUCUGGUUGUAAUGAUCGCAUUAUAGUUUUACAAAAGUAUUUAGAAACGCCUCUUUUGUAUAAUGGUCGAAAAUUCGAUUUUCGAGUUUGGGUACUAAUUGAUCAUACUUCAAAAUACUAUUUUUUUAAGGAAGGGUAGAACAAAUCUAUUAUAAUUAUAGAUAUCUGCGUUUAGCUAGUGAACAUUUUGAUGUUAAUAAUCUAAAAUCCUUGUAUAUUCAUUUGACUAAUAAUGCUAUAUAAAAGAAUCAUCCUGGCUAUGGGAAAUACGAAUUGGGAAAUCAAUUAAGCUUUUAAGAUUUGCAGCAUUAUUUAAAUUAAUAGAGAAAUACUAAAGUGACUUCAGCUGGAAUUGUACUUAGAAUGAAGGAAUUGAUUCACUAAACGAUUUAUUGUGCUAGUUCUAAAUUGCGUGACAGUUGAUAUAUGUACCUUAAUUUUUAGAUCGCAAGGAUUUCUAGUUUGAAAUAUUUGGGUACGAUUUUAUGGUUGAUAAAAAUGGGCAUAUUUGGUUAAUUGAGAUCAAUACUAAUCCUUGUAUUGAAGAGAGUAGUCCACUUCUAUAAAAAUUGAUUCCUAGAAUGCUAAGUAAGCGUUUGAUUUAGAUUUAGAUGACGCAUUUAGGCUAACAAUUGAUAAAAUAUUUCCUCCUUUCAAAACCACACAAGAGAACUUUCUUCCGAAUUUAUAUGAAUAUGCCAUUCCUGGAUAUAGUGACAAGGAUAACCUUUGGGAUUACAUGGGAUAAAUUUGA